AUGCCAGGUUUUCGCCUUGCAAAUCCAGACAGGGCGAAGAUUGAUGUGAAGUACUUUUGUUCUUACUGCGAGCUACUACUGAGAGAGGCCAUGCAAACGAGCUGUGGUCAUUUCUAUUGCCAGUCUUGUCUGGAGAAUCUUGUGGAUGUGCGGUAAGUCUAUCAGAGCUUUGUUGUUAAAUUGAAAAGUUUACUGUUCUUUUUGCGAAUAUUUUCUAGGAAAAUAAGUCCCUUUGUUAUGGCAGUGAAAGGUUUGAACCUAGGAGUCCUUUCAUAAGGAGGUUGAAUUGAUGAUUUCACUUUCACAUUUGUUUUACCGAGCUCAAAAUUUACCAUCUUCCAUUCUUUCACCACACAUUGCGGCAUCGACAUUGUUGAUCCCAGCAGUUUGCAGGACGCGUGUCAAAUAUGAACCUAGUAUAUGGCUUCGCUCUCCAUGACUUCUCCGUAGCUCUAGAGCGCCCGCCCGGUUUUUAGGAGGUCAUAGGUUCGAAUCCUGUCGGGGAGUCAGAUUUUUUUCUUUGUCUCACGCUCGUGAGAUGCUGAUAAUUUCACUUUCACAUUUGUUUCACCGAGCUCAAAAUUUACCAUCUUUCAUUUUUUCUUUACCAAAGUGUUUUUUAAAUGACAGCUGCAUGCUAGAUGAUCAUUUUGAUUGACCAAGUAGAUACCUAAUGAUACACCUAAAAGUGCGUUAGUAAUAUCACCGAUACCCUAAACGAAGAAAGGAAAUUGCUAACAUACAAGCUUUCUUACAGGGAUCCAUUAUCAGUGAUGCUGAUUUGCCUUGUGGACCAGAAACAAUUACCGAAAAACGAGGUAUGAAUUUUUGUCCCAAAAGAACUAUGGAGUGUUGGAAUCACAGAAAUAAGAGGAAAUUAUCCAAGAUUCCAAAUUUACGAUGUUUAAAUAUUUAGUUAUUUCGAAAAUUUCCAAUUCCCUAUUAUCUUCCAAAAUUUGGGAUUUCAAUAUUACGCUUUGUAUUCAAUGUUAGCGUACAUUCACCAGUGUCUUUCAACAGGUCUUUCCCGACAACUUCAUGCGCCGUGAAGUAUUUGCCCUCGUAGUUUCCUGUACAUUCAUGGAGGACGGGUGCAAAUGGAAAGGGGAAGUCAGGCACUUAGAGGUAUGCGAAGACGAUGCAGAAAAAACAAACAAACAAACAAGAGAUGAAAUAGAUGUAGGGGGCUCAAUCGAGCUAAUUUGUUAAUUUGAUUUACGCUUGCCUUAACUUUCACUAAAACAAAUUAGUUUUUCCAAUCGUGGGUGGCCCUUCUAAUUACGUAAAAGGUGUAGUGGUUAGGUUUCUGUAAAAAUGGUGAUUACCUCAUUUUAGGAUAAUACUCAGAGCUACUCAGGGUAAAAAUGAUAACGAACCACUAGCUAGUUCGAAGAGUAAAAAUUCUCUAUUAAGACCCCCCCUUUUAAAUAAACCUCCCUCCCCUCCCCCUUAUUAUUCUUCACUAAUGAAAGAUAGACUGUAUUAAUGAAUCACGACUGUAAAACUUUGUGUGGACUUAUCCGGGAUAGUUUAUUCACCAACAGGAAGUUCGGAUUUGAUUCUGAUCCUCGGCUGCAUGACCUAAAACUUCUUGCAACUGAACUUUUCCGCUUAGUAUUCUAGUUCUUUAUGGAGAAUUGAUACCAUCGUCAGGGCUAAAUUAAAUAACCGCCCCCGUCUCCAAUGUGUUUGAAAUAAAAAAGCCCCCCGGGGAGCUUAAUAGAAAAUUUACGGUAUAUCUGCAGCCUCUAGGCUCAAAUACCGUAAAUCCUCUAUUUCCCCCUCAAAUAACCUCCCCUCCAUUUCAUAAGUAGGGCUUUCCACAAGUUGCCCGAAAUUUCCUAAAAAGUUUAAUUUCUCGUGAUUUCCCAAAAAUGUCCUUAGGAAAGUCAAAAUUAAGUUCCUUUUUGAAACAAAAAAAGCUCAAAAGUUGCUCAAGAAAAGAAACUUUUUUUGCUGCUCUUUUCCUUCAUUUAGUCUGAUGCAAAAACAUGUAGAUUGUACAACAAAAGUAAUAUUUGAUUUCUAAGCGUUUUUGCAAAAUUUUGCAGCGUAAUCAGGAGCCCAUGAGCCACAAUUAAAAGCAAAAAAUGUAUGAGUAAACACCAUGCAUCAAUAUGAAUAAUUAUAUAACAAUUAUUCACCGAAGUGGGGGUGGCUGGUGGUGGUGGAAUUUACCGGCGUUUUUUUUUUUUCUACCACUAGCAACCGAGACUGGGGUGAAUAAUUGUUUUAGUAUGUACUAAAACAGUGAGAUAAUUGAGCGCAAAAAUGAUGAUUUUUAACUCAUUUCCUGUCACCAACGAUUACAAUUUUGGCGCGCAAUGACCGAACGGCCGCGGUCGUCGCUUUUCCUUACCGACAAAUAAAACUUUUGAAGGCAUUUGUGUAGCUCUUGCAGGGAAAUUUCUUCAAAAGGAGUUGUGAAUUCUUUUUGUAUGUAAAAUCAUUCUGUAAAAAAGAUUAUCAAAUUUAGUUUUAAGCUUAUUUAUGAACAACUCAACCAAAUAAAGUAACGCAAGACUUAAGCUGAAGCUUAAUUUGCAUUUGUAAACCGGUUUUAUCGAUAAAUUCAAGUCAAAAAGACAAAGUUUUACCUGUUAAAACUUCCAAACCGAACUUCGUCACCGUCGUCGUGUAUUUCGGGAACAGCUUGCCUGAUUAGUUGUGAAAUUUCUUUGUUUGUUAUAACAGCAAACCGGGAAGGCAUUUUGCUCGCAACUUACGCGAUUUUGGCGUCGCUCGCUCGGAGGAAGUGGAGGUGAAUCAGUGAAUAGUGCAGUAUAUUCACUGACUGAGUAGCCAAUCAGAGCACGCGAAAAACACUAUCUACUGUUUUAGUAUGUACUAAUCAACAAUUAUUCCUCGAGCCGCGGGCUCAUGGGCUAUUGACUCAGAGGUCAUGAGCGCGAGAGGAAUAAUUGUUUUCGUAAGUUCCAGCUAGUUGGUCAUAAAGAUCGAGACAAAACAACUUUAGCUAGCAAAACGCGAUUCAGGCGCCAUUGUUAUUGUUUUCAAAGCCGGCGCUUUUCGCUUCUAGGGAGCUAUAACAUAUAGCCUAGUAGUAGCUCAACCAAUCAGAACGCAGGAUUGACAAUAGACCACUAGUUGGAUUUUACUAAAUAGAUUUAGCCAGGGCUAAAAGCGAAGCUCUGGAUAUAGAGGGUGUCCCAAAAGUUUGUUCAAAAGACUAGACUUGUUUGUUGCUUUUCUCUCUAAAAGUGAUGUUACACGAGAAGAUUUGUAACGACGAUUUUUAGCGCAACACAGGGUUCCAAUGUGGGAACAAUGUUGCAGCCUUUCGAAACGAUGUCGCAACAAUGUUGUAACGCUGUGUUGCGCUAAAUAUGGUCCUUGCAAAUCGUCCGGUAUAAUUAACAUCACCUUAAAAGUCCGGGUGGACAAGCGAUUUCCUGCCAAAAAAACCUCUUAAGAUGCAUUUAGGUUGCCAUACCUGUUGAUUGAGUUAUUUUACAUUGGUAUGCCUGUUGUGCAGACCGACGGGCGGUCGGGUAUUCGGAUGUAUGGUCACGUGACAACCAAAAUUUGUCGGAUGCAUAGGUUACCAAAUUUUCUUACCCAUGGUGCUCCGUUGCGCAAGCUUCGCACCCGCGAGAGCUCCGCUAUUAGUACAGGUAAUCAGAUGAUUUCGAGUGCAAUUUGGAAUGAAUAAGCAAGAGUAAAGUUUUUCAAAGGCUAACAAAAUUGCACGAGCCCGUGGGGCGAGUGCAAUUUGUGGUCUUUGAAAAAAUUUACGAGUGCUUAUUUCUUCCAAAUUGCACGAGAAAAAUCAUGUGAUUACUUAUUAAUUGCCAACGAGGCAACCGAGCUAAGAAGGGAGGUUGACUCGGCGGCAGAAUUAUAACGCCGCGCAAUGUAGGCAAAAACUCUCAAAUACUGCGUAACCCUGUAAAAUUUGCAUUUUUGACCACAUUCGGAUAUUUGGGUAGUGACGUCAUGGUCUUGCAUUUACCUCGUGGUCCGAAAUUGGGUGAUUCAGUGUGCAGCUGUUCGUUGUGUGCUCUAGAGGACCUAACAGCAGGUGAGGAAUCUUUAAUACGAUUUCUAGUUUGAAAGGGAAAUUAGUGCUCUGGUUUGCUUAAUAAAUUGCUUUUAAAACAACAGCUGAUCAAGGAAUAGGUUUUAUUUACUCAAAGUUUUGUCAAAACCAGCUUGUUCUUUGCAGCUCGAUUUACAUGUAGGUAGCUUGUUCGCUUCUCUACUCAGAACCAGGGUUUUCAGUGUUUUCUUUUCCUUCGUGAAUUGAACAAGGUAUAGGGUUAUAUUCUCAAAACGUUUAUCAGAACCAGCGUGUUCUUCGCAGGUCGAUUUACAUUGAGCCAGUCCUCACUUCCCGUGAGGAAUGCAACGUAUUUGCGGACCUUUUUUUAGAAUUUAUUUAUGUCUUUCGAGAGAUUUUAUCAAUCACCAUGUUUUUUUGCUGCUCGAUUUACAUUGAGACAGCUCAAAACUGCCGUGAGCAAUGCAACGAACUUGCAGACCUUUUGUUUCGAAGACUAUCAUUGUGCCUUUCAAGAGACUCUUUGUCCUGUGACACUCGCUCAUCAGAUCUUUGUAUUUUAUUCAAAUUUAUAUUUUUAUACCUCUGACACAUUCCGCCCCAGUCUUGCGCUUUUCACACAUUUUACUUUACACCAAUUUUUUCACGUAUAUUACCACGCGAAAUAUUUUUCUUAUCCCUGAUGACGCUGUUGCUCGGAAUUUAAUUAUUAUUUUUAAUUUCAGCAGUCAAAGGCCUCAUUUGAACUAUAUUUUUCUUUCUAACGUUUAUAGUUUUGAUACAAUGGAAUCAUCCAUGAAACAUAAGUACUAACUUGCUCAUAUUUACCAACAAAGCUUCAAGCCAUGUUGUUAUUGUUCAAUAAAAGUGAAAGCCUAGAAUGUGCCAAAGUUGUUGUUUUGGAGUUGGGUGCCAUCCUUUUCUAUAUAGCGGAAUCCAUUUUAAACCUAAAAUUUUGAAAAAAACAAAAAAUAUCGCG